AUGACUGCCCAGUACUGCAUUCAGAGAUCGAAAGGAGUAUCGCAGCUUGUUCAAGUUUAUGGAAAUUUGGUUUGCGCGUUUUGUGUUUUAAACCUUGUGUUCGCCGUUGUGGCAACUUUUGGAAACCUUCUCGUUAUUCGUGCCCUGAGAAAAGCCUCAUCGAUACCUACAAAUCUGAGAAAACUUCUUUUAAACCUCGCCUUCUCUGAUCUUGCCGUGGGUUUGUUUCCCCAACCAAUGUUUGCAGUAAUCGUCGCUAUGAUGUUAAGAAUGGCAGCGAAUUCAAACUAUAACUUUGACUUCUUAUGUCCAGUUGUUCUAAAUGUAGGUUAUUUCGCCUUUUUUCUCCUCGCAUGUGCAUCGUUCCUGACUAUAGCUGUCAUCACAGUAGACAGAAUUCUUGCUAUUUUUCUCCAUCUGCGAUACCAGGAACUUGUAACAUCAGAGCGAGUUGUCAUAUCCUUGGUGUGUUUAUGGUUAACAAGUGCCAUCGCUGCCUCGAUACUUAUUUUGGUUCCUACACUUAACCAAAUCGUUACUGUCAUUAUUCUAUUCACUGGCCUUUCCUUGACAACUAUAGCUUAUAUUCUUAUUUACAAAGUUGUAAAGUAUCAUCGCAAUCAAAUACAUCAUCAGCAUCAGAUACCAAAUGCUCAAGACCUGAACUAUCUACGCGAGAAGAAAUCCACAUUUAAUGCUUUGUUUGUCUACAUUGUUUUUACAGCAUGUUAUUUUCCACACCUGUGCUCUGUAAUAUUGUUAAUAGCAAACAGUUCCCAGUUAUCGUUUCUGGUAGUUGAACACAUCACGCUAUUUUUACUUCUACUAAAUUCAUCUUUAAAUCUCCUCGUUUGCUACUGGCGAUAUGGAGAACUACGAGCAAUAAUAAAUGGUACAUUGAUGAAAAUAUUUCACAUUUAG